UUUUUUUAAAUUUCGUUGAGGAGGAACCGUCGCGUGCGCUCAACUAUGAGAGAGAAAGCGACGGGCUUUUUGAACAUGCAGCUUCUCCCCCGAUGUCCAGUUUCCUGUUGCUCCUCAGCGACGUCGUUUUGAGUUACUUUAGAUGCUUCGCAACACAUUUCCGUUAUGCGAAGUCCAACUUGUUGGUUAGUCGUCGUGCUUCGGAGGGUGCCCGUCCGAGAUAACGGAGAACCAGUGAUUCUCAGCCGCUCUGGUUACUGCAAUGAAUGGUAACACUAUCCAUCCAGCCAACACCACCACAGCGACAGCAGGAGGAGGCGGCCCAGGCGUGGCGGCGCCCCCGCGAGGCUGGAGGGAAUUCUGCGAACUGCACGCCAUCGCCACAGCCCGGCAGCUGGCCGGACACUACCGAAGCUUCGCCAGAGAUCAACCGCAGCAUGACGUGCUCCCGGCGGAGACCUUCUCCAAGCAGUUCACCGACCUCUUCCAGCAGCACUUCUGCGGCGAGGUUGACAAAGAUGGCGCUCUGCUCGGCCAGGGCACAGGCUCCAGUUCUACCGGUAGCGCUUUCUUCACCACUCCAGGGUCCCCUCCUCUCCUGUCACAGACCGUGAUUGGUCGAUUGCGGAUCACAUCUCUGUCUGGGGUACAGGACUAUCGAGAGGCGGGCCGGCCGAGCGGAGGAGCGGCCGUGGUGUCGCCAAAAGGGGAGCCGGCGGUGGCGAGCCGGGAGCAGGAGCAGCCACUGCGAUGUGCGGCGGGCAGCUCCUUGUCGGGAAACCCGGUGGUGCUCAGAGGGUCAAAUCGUGGCCUAGGCAGCGGGUCGCUGCUGAUUCGUAGCCGUAGCAGUGAGGAGAUCUCUGGCACCAAUCGGCGGCAGGUAUCUGAACGGUACUCCUCCGACUCCUCAACCUCCAACCCCGCACACGCUGACAUCACACAUUUCUCCGUCAGCCAAAUCCGGCAGACCGUAAGACGGCUGCUCAAAAAACGGCCCAGCCCCCACUCAUCCCAGGACCUGGCUCCUAACAACCCCAACCCCACGACCGGCAACAAUCCCCCAAAUAAUGGUGACAGAGUGGGCGGGAUUUCCUCCACAAACGUGGAAGUGUCCUCCUCCCCCUCCCCCUCUUCCUCCCACUCCCCCUCUUGUCUGACCUCUGAAGCCUUGCCCCCAGCCUCUUCACACAUGUCUAUGGCUGGAGUAGCCUCUCACUUCCUGGAUCGCUUUCGUUGGUUACGUAGCGGAAGCAUGAGGCAGAAGAGGUCAGAGGUGAGUGGCUGCUGUAAAGAGGGCCAACUGAAGUACUUACUAGUGGAAGACACUAUCUCAGACACUCAGCCCCGCUGGCAACGCUGCCGCCUGCUGGUCAGGAGGAUCAGGGACGCUCAAGUAGCAGGAAGAGGAAGAGGAGGAGAGAGGUACCAGUUGGAGCUCUAUGAUCCUCCAAAGGCCUCCGGUCCCAAGCUGACGACUCACUGCUCGGACAUCCAAGAAGUCCGUCGCUGCAACCGGCUGGAGAUGCCCGACAACUUAAACACAUUUGUUUUAAAGGUUAAUCGAGGUAGUCUGAUAUUUGAGACGGACAAUGACCAGCAGGUCAGCUCCUGGACCACAGAGCUAAAAGAAUGUAUCAGCAACAGGUCAGGCAGUGUGGAUCUGGAACCUCUCACCUCCCUAGCUGACAGCGCCACGCCAGCCAAUCACAGAGGGAGCUCGGAGUCGGGGAGUCAAAGCCCCGUCACGUUCGCCCUGCCCGAGCAGGUCGUCCAGAAAGCCGACCACUUCCUGUUCUCCUACCCCUGGUUCCACGGGCCCAUCUCCCGUGUUAAGGCCGCCCACCUGGUUCAGAGCGCCGGGCCGCAGGGACACGGCGUGUUCCUGGUCCGACAGAGUGAGACGCGGAGAGGAGACUACGUCCUCACGUUUAACUACCAGGGAAAAGCAAAGCACCUGCGCCUCUCGCUCACAGAGUGGGGUCAGUGCCGUGUGCAGCACCUGCGCUUCCCCUCCGUCAUGGACAUGCUCAGUCACUUCCGCCUCUUCCCCAUCCCGCUGGAGUGCGGGGCCGCCGGCGCCGUCACUCUGUCCAGCUUCGUGGUGGCGGGCUCCUGCCCUCCAUCACAGGGCCAGCUCUCCGGCGCUCUUCUCGUCCCAUUCUCGCUCCACCGGUGGAGUUCGGAGCCCAGCGUGGCUCACUGCAGCCUGGCCCGCAGCUCCAGUCAGCCCCGGUCCUCCUGCCCCACCAGCACCGGCACCGGCACCACAUCCAGCUCCGUGUCCCAGCCUGGCAACCGCCGCACGCCCAAUCCUCCUCUGUCCGCCUCCGCUCCUCUUCGGCGGAGCGAGUCGAUGGGGAGGAGACCCCUCCUGCCCCGCCACCCCAUCGCCCACAUCCCUCAGCGGGACUCGGACUACGAGCUGGAGCCCGAGCGAGGUCGCAAGCGGGCGAUAGACAACCAGUACAUGUUGCUCUGACCCGCUGAGGCGAGCACAGCCAUCGCCCGCACACACACACACACACACACACAUACUCAGGCACACACACACACACACACACAUACACAGGCACACACACACACACAUACACAGGCACACACACACACACACAUACACAGGAACACACACACACAUACAUACAACACUUUGUUCCGCCCAUCCAGCUUCAUGCGAGACUCAUGAACUUGAGCGAACACACACACACACACACACACACACACACACUCACACAUCUGUGCUGGGAGUGUGUUUACCAGUGUCAGACCCUCACAACCUCCACCUUGAGUGUCCACAGUGAAUGUAUUUUUGCGAGUUUUAUAACAAGUGUUGAGUAUGAUCAUUCUUCCUGUUUGUAUUGAUGUUGAGGGCAAAAGAAUAUUUUACCAAUGUCGCUAUUCUUAUGAAUUCCAAAGAGGUUUGCUUGUUUUCAACUUCUUUGAUACUUAACCUGAACUAAUAGGAAGGCACUGCCUGCAAGUUGGUUAAAUCAAGUGCUCCUUUAAAAUAUUUAAAAGACAUUUACUCAUACGGAGUACUUUGUUGUGGAGUAAACUCACACGUAUUUAUGUAAACACACAAACAGGAAAGCCCUUUUAUUUGUAGAGUGUCUACACGCUCUAUUAGGUAUUCCUCCUCUCGCUCAUUAUUAUAUAUUUAAGUGCACACCGCUUUCAGUGCACUUUGAAAACAAUGUGUAUUUCUUUCUAUACACAGAUUAUUUUGUAGAAAAAUAAAUAAAUAGUCAAACAAAAGGAUUCAAACUUGGUUCGUCAGUUUGGAUCCGUUGCUAAAAAAAGUGAUAUUUUUCCAACACUUCAAAUCUUCACGAAGAACCGCAGGAAUUAUUCCGGAUCCGCUUUUAUCGGCGCCAUUUUUUUUCUUCUUUUACCCCCAAAACCCCGUGAGAGCUGGUUGCUGUUUGUCUCCUGAUGCGUCUGAGAUGAGGGAACGUGUAGUCCGUGUAUUAAUAAAGUGCAGACUGGAAUAUUACUCGCCCUCCGAACGCGUCACAGGGUCUUGCAGAAUUAAGUCCUGCCACAAACGUCAAAGAAAAAAAGCAUCGUAAUGAUUCAAAUACAUAUGAUAUAUUAAAAAAAACAAUAAUAUAAUUGAUAUAUUUUUUUACAAGAACAAAGGUUUGCAUUGAAAUGGAUGGACGGAUAUUGUUGUUACCACAUGAAUCCUUCACACCUGGUACAAAGUCACCUUUACUGACCUUCACUCGGCAUCAGGAGAGAAGAGGAGCGCGACGUGGCAAACCUUGAUUCUUGGAGUCGCAUCAUGUCUCCAACUCAAUAAAAUGUCAUAUUUCCCAAAGCAUUUUUCUGUACAACCGCAGCCAAUAGCAAAGAUGAAAGUAAUAUAUAUAUAUUUGUACGCUAUCCACCAUUUGAAUAGAACUUUUCUGUCAGCUCAGGUGUGAAUUUUGUUAUCGAGAGCUGAUGCACAUGAAAGGAAUAAGAUCCCCAAAUUAAGCUUUUUUUACCAAAGCAAGCAUUUCUUUUCUAAUAAAGUAAGCGGUUUCUUCUCAUCGGCCAGCGGGUCCAUGUGUGUUUUUCACCCUGAGAUUUGCCCGUUUCAGUCACGAUGUUUCUCGUGAACCGCGUCUCUACCCCGGAGGGAGCGGCCAGUCGUCAAAGGACACGAUCGGCCCUUUACUUUGGCCUUUCUGUCCAUCUUCUCACUUUGCUUACACACCAACGUCAGCAGCUGAUUAAGCUCAACGUAGUCUUUAGACCCGACUCUCCGCCUCUGCCCUCGUUCUCAUUGGAGUUUCCUGUAUUUUAUUCAUAAGAAAAAUGCCUAAAUACAACUUGAUUUGCUCAUAAACGCAACAUUCAGUCCGCUGGGAUUAUUACUCCUCUUGUUAUGCAAGAAGUGCGCUUUAUCUUCAAUGGUUGUGUCGUUCUCUUAAAUGUAUCAUCAUGAUCAAGACUGACAUCUUUGAAGUGGUUUAUGUGGGGAACAAAAACAAAGACAUUUAUUUUGGCAAAAGUA